UGAUAGCAGCAAUUUUAUAAGAAAGAAUCAACAAUAAAACGAUUCGUAAUUGAAAAAAUAAAAUUUCAAAAGAACGAUUGUAAUGAAUUAAUAAUUGCUGUAAAUGACUUUGAACUUGCAUGGAUAAUCAUCAAUACUUUGAUGUAAGAACUGUAUUAAAUCAUUGAUAGCAAUUCGGGGAUUUCAUUCGGAUUUGAACAGACUAGACUGUAGGUUUAAUAUGUCUCUGAGGAUAGCAGACUUACUCUAGAGAUUCGCUUCUGAUCCUAGUAGUUGAUUUAGAUAGGCUUUGCUUGAUACGAAUUAAAACAGAGUGUUUAUUUGAUCAUAAAUACGGAUAUUAGAUAGUUUGUGGUUUAUUUACGAUAGUUUCCCUUGUAGUAAUGAAAUAUAACAUGGUAGAUAAUGAUCGCAAACGUCAGUGCUUUGUGCUCUGUAUAAUGGAAUGUCAAUUCUGAUAGUAUUGACGACAAUUCGCUCUUGUAUCUUAUGAAGUAUUUAAUAAUAUUUAUAAAUCAACGUCGACAAAAUCUCAUUUCUAAAAAGGAAAUGUUAAAAAUAUGCUACAACGGCAAUGGAGAUGUUAUGUGUAAGAAAAUUAUGUAAAAUAUUACUACUUUUAAUUUUUGGAUUAAUGUGUGCUGUCUAUACUGAAGGAAAAAAAUUGGAUGAACAGUUAAAGGAGUUUGAUCAGUUUGUAAAGCAUACGUUGAAAUGCCGAAACAUUCCGAGCAUUGCGGUGUCCUUGGUUAAAAAUGACGAAGUGCUGUUUUCGCGCGGUUAUGGUUAUGCAGAUAUUGAAAAGGGGAAAAAAGCAACGGAGCAUACCCAUUUUUGUAUAGGAUCUCUUACGAAAGCUUUCACAAGCACCAUAAUGGCUGAUGUCUUAUCAAAAGAUAUUAAUUUAUCCUGGGACACUCGGAUAAGAAACAUUCUUGGACCAUCAUUCAAACUCAGUGAUCAGAUUCGUACAGACAACGCUAACAUUCAAGACAUUCUUUCACACAGAGUAGGAACGCCAUCGAACUUUCACCCUCUACUAGUUGGCUUCCCUGGCAACCUGUCAAGAUCAGAAUUAGUCAAGAAACUACAGUACAUGCCUGCACAGAGUGAGUUUCGUACAAAGUUUCAUUACAGUAACUACAUGUACAUGCUGGCCGGUCACGUGGCUGAAGUUAUUUCAGGAAAAUCAUGGGAGAGUCUAGUAACUGAACGUUUAUUGAAUCGAUUGACCAUGCAUAGUACUGGUUUUGUUGACGCCGGUGUAGGAUUGGAUUCAAUAGCAAUACCGUAUGUGUCCAGAAACAGAAAAUUGGUCGCCAUCGACAAGGAGCUCCUUCUUACUGUUUCACCGUCGGGACCUGCCGGUUCUAUAUACUCCUCGGCAAGUGAUAUGGCGAAAUGGAUGAUGUUUCAUUUAAAAGGAGGAAAAGAUCAUCACGGAAAACAGGUGGUAAAUGAACGUUGGCUACAAGAUACCUAUCAAUCAAAGAUGACACAUCCAUUCCAAGAGAAAGAUCUAACAAUACCAAAGUAUCCCAUAAGUGACGUCACUAUUUCAUAUAAUAUGGGAUGGAUGACUUCUUUUUAUCGGGGUUACCGUAAGCUAUGGCAUUCCGGUGGAAUAGUUUCCUUCAUCAGUCAAUUGUGGUUGUUUCCUGACGUGAACGCUGGUUUAUUUGUAACUGCUAGCGGUCCUUUACCUCCUCAUAGUUCUGCAGCAGUCAAGAGUAUUGCUUCGAGAGCAUCUGAUAUUCUAUUGGGACUAGAGCCAUGGUUGAACCAAUCAACGGCAUGCACAUAUCCAGCACCUUGGGAUGAACCAAUACCAGAAAAUCUUGCUAAACCGGAAGUGAUUUAUUCGUGGAAUAUAUCCCGAGAUUAUUCGGACUUCGUCGGAGUUUAUGGAAACAUGGGAUUUGGCUCUAUUACAGUGUAUGUUGAAAACAAGAAUAGUGUAGGAAAUAAUAGUUCACUAAUGCUUAGUUAUGGCCGAUUUGGUAAAAUGAAAAUAAUGCCAAUUUCUGAUGAUGAAUUCCAAGGUUAUUAUGUUGACAAGCUGUGGUUUGUUACAAAUUGUGAUGGAAAUAUCAAUCCUUUUUCAUUUAAAUUUCUAAGCAAUAGUGACAAAGUUGUGAUUGGAUUGUUAUUCCCAAUAGAUUCCCAAUUUAAUAAAACAUUAUUUUUAAAAGGGUCAAUGUAUGAAUCGACUGAUAGGCCUUACAUUCUAAAUACCUCGACAACCUGUUACUCAGGACAUGUUUCCGCAUCAAACUUGGUUUUCUUGGAAGGUAUUGUGCUCAUGGUUUGUUUGUUUCUGAAUUUGUUACUAACAUGAUGAUGAAGUUGAACUCUAGAUACCAUUAUACAGAGCUGAAUAUAAGGACAAGUUGUCAAUCUACUAAAUGAUAAAAGAAGACGAGCAAGAAAUGAAAGUGUUAUCAGUUAAGUUUCAGGUGAUGGUUGUGAAUAUUUGUUUACACAAAACAAAUUUUACAAAAGCGCAUGGAUAAGUUCGGGCAGUUUAAAAGCCGCAAAAGAAGCCCUCUCGAUCGCCGAUUUGAACAUAUAGAAGAAAUGCUUCGGGAUGACAGAGAAUUUUUUAUUAUUAUUAUUAUUAUUAUUAUUAUUAUUAUUAUUUUCAAUCAAUUAUUUAUGAAGAAUUCAUGUUGUAAAUCGUCAUUAGUUAAUAAUAUUGGUUCCCUGGUUGUUUGGUUAUGCAAAAGAGAACAAAUGCAGUCAUAAUAUAUUUGUUGUAUUUUAUGCUGAUUAUUUGCAUUGAUGCACUCAAACUAGUCUGUUUCUAGUUCGUUCAAAAGUUAAUUGCUCUUAAACUAUCUUUUGAAAGAAAAUUUGCAAAUCAUCAUACACUUUAUAACCCGAGAGAUCGUAUAAUUGUUUUAACAACACGCUUAUAUCAAUUGGCUUUGAUAAAGCCCCGCAGAACCCAUUUCGUACAAAAUCACAUGAGCCGCGUCACGACAAAACCAACAUAAUGGGUUUGCGACCAGCAUGGAUCCAGACCA